GUGAAGUAGAAGAGACCAAACAAACCCAACAUCCAGAGUUGUUGAGGGCAGCCAUCUAUUUCUCACUUGGAGCACACCCGUAAGAACUUGCGGAAAGAGAGUUCACUUCACUAAAAAAAGAGAAUUUUGCAACGGCUGCCACUGCUAUGAAGACUCUCUUGGGACUCCUCCUCUUCGCUGUGCUUCUUGCAACAGGUGACUCUUUGGAGUGUGAAACAUGCAGUGGCCAAGGGUACAACUGCACUGGCCAGAAGGAGCCAUGUUCAUUUGGCCUAAAUACCUGUCAGACCCUUGUGGUUGAAAGCACAGUAGGAGGGCUGCAAGUUACUCACAUUUCGAAACACUGCUCUUCCAAGUCACUCUGUGAACAAUAUAAACCAGGAGCACCAACCAGUCGGUUCCCAGACUCAACUAUAAUCAAAGAAGUGACCUGCAAGGCCCCUUCCUUCUCAGCAUCCCUUUUUCUGACUCUAUCAGGAUUCCUGCUGCUGAAAAUCCUCUCCUGAUACACCUCUUGGAGUCCUGGCUGAGCCUUCACAUCCUUUCCUCUGGAUCUGAUCACUCGGCCUUUUCAAAACAUCUGUCUGCAUCCUGGUUUUAAGAAAUGAAACAAAUAAAAUAGUUUGACAAAGAA